AUUAAUUUAGAACCCCAUCUCUCGUCUGGAUCUUUGGUUUCCAUCAACGUUUACUAUCUAUUCCCUCCUUUCUUUUCUCCAUUUCGCGCUCUCUAAGAACCCUGCUGUGAUUCUCUUGUCAAAUACCCUUCCUCGGCUUUAAUUCUUCAACAAUGUCUUCUCCUCGUCCUUCUUCCCCCGUCAACGGCGGCGCUGCUGCCAGCGGUGCCAACAUCGGCCGACCCUCAUCACCUGCUAUCCCUGGUGGUCCCCGUACUGCCAUCCGACGACGCGCUGCCGCCGACCAGAAGGAGAAGAUUGCCAAUGCCCGACCAAGCAGCACUCGCGCCGCUGGCGCCGGUGGUUCCAGCAGCACCAUGCUGCGACUUUACACCGAUGAGUCGCCCGGUCUCAAGGUCGACCCUGUUGUUGUCCUUGUUCUCUCUCUUGUCUUUAUCUUCAGCGUUGUUGCUCUUCACAUUAUCGCCAAGAUUACCCGAAAGUUCUCCAGCUAAACGGUUGCGAAAAAGUCUCAAAUUUCACGACGAAGCUCGAAGAGAAAGGGAGAUGAUGAUAUCUUUUGUGGACGCUGCUAUUUCUUGUUAUCACCUGAACGUGGCUGGCGUAGGGCCUCUUUUCCACACAUGAAGUUAUGUGAUGUGAACGACGCGCCACACCCGCAACUGGGAGAAGGGUUAGGUUAAUACGGCCACCGGAAAUUUUGUUUGUUUGGUAUUGCGGUUUAUGAGGGGAGCCUUUGUAUUAUAUCUCGGGAAAAGAAGGGUCCAAACCGACAAUCUGGACUUUGACUGUUUUAACGCACGAAUAUGGAAUCUCUGUCUACUGCGAAUGUGACAUACAAGUGACGGCUGGGCAGCAACUCAGAUAUUGUACUUGACUAACUAAUAAGGGACAAUCUAUAAGAGCAAAGCAAAACAAAGAGCUCCUUUCUGGAAGUUACGCUGCUGUCCUGUAGUAUAUACACGCAAUAAUCUGGAUCAUGCAAUUCUCUCGCUAACACCUCGUCUCCUUUUCCCUCCCUUGCCAGACUCAUCCUCAUACGUGUUUUGUCCAUAUCCAUUGGAUAAAACUGGAAAAGAGUCAACAUCAUUAAUACCUUUUUAUUCC